CGCGGGCGCUGUCCGCAAGAGAACAGGUUCUGAAACGCGGGGGUGCACCAGCAAGCAGCCGCUCUCUCGGUGGAAACCUCCCGAUUGUCGCACAUUUACGCCAACGCCGCCGCCUUCUUCUUAUGUUUUGAGUUUUGAGCAAAGCAAAUCAACUCCUUUCCAACUCGCGCGGGACGGCUCAGUUGGACUUGGGCAGCGAAUCGCUUUAAAAAACCCUGAGCGGUUCUGAACGGUGCCUUCUAUUCAUUCGGGCUCCGUGGAUAUGACACUUGGACGUGGGAUCAUUCACUUGCCAUCUCAAGCGUUACUGAUGGGACAUCACACAAGAAAGCAAUGGAAAGCAGACCUAAUUGUGGAUUUGUGACAUUUUUAGUGAACGAAACAGCUUUUUGAUUCUUUUUUGUUUGUUUUUACUUGUUUUCGUUGUGAGACUGAGCGGAGAAAGUUGAGCCCGAGGGGGACCACGACCAAGAACUGAGUCUGUGGGGGCUGGGAAUGUCUUCUUUUCAAACGUUUUGAAAUCCAUUUUACGUGGUUUUCCCCUCUUAUUUGGCCCGAUCACUGUGAAGAUUUCAAGGGAUGAAUGGCAAUCUCGUUCUUUACUUGCUUUGACCGACUUUGGUAUCUCGUCCCGUUGAAGACACCGCUUCCUUCGUUCCUUUUCCAAACCUGAUUUUUCAUUCCUCAAUUUUUCAUUUAUUUCACCCCACCCGGGGACACUAACAAGUGAACGAACCAACCAGAAAUAGAUUUCGUCUCUCUGUCUUUUUUUAAGGAACUACUUUGCAUCAACUGGAGGACAGAUCUAUCAAAAUAAAGGGUGGCCCGAGACUGCGCAUUUUUCUUUUAUUUUGUUCUUAUAUCGGGGCCCUGGAGCCCUAGCUCACAUGGAGAUCCACUGUAAGCACGACCCGUUUGCGGCUAUGCACAGGCAUGGCGGCGUCAACCAGCUUGGGGGCGUGUUUGUAAAUGGCCGACCUCUCCCAGAUGUUGUGCGACAGCGAAUAGUAGAACUCGCCCACCAAGGUGUGCGUCCCUGCGAUAUCUCCCGCCAGUUACGCGUCAGCCAUGGAUGUGUCAGCAAAAUACUGGGCAGGUACUACGAAACAGGCAGCAUUCGGCCAGGUGUCAUCGGAGGAUCCAAACCAAAGGUUGCUACACCCAAAGUGGUUGACAAGAUUGCCGAUUACAAACGCCAAAACCCCACCAUGUUUGCCUGGGAGAUCCGGGACAGGCUCCUGGCCGAGAGAGUGUGCGACAACGACAGCGUGCCCAGCGUCAGCUCCAUCAACAGGAUCAUUCGGACCAAGGUUCAGCAGCCACCGGGCCAAACGGGCUCGGUAGCGGCUCACAACUUAGCCACAUCAGUGGCCGCGACACAGGUCUCUGCGGUGACCAGCGACUCUGCCGGCUCUUCGUACUCCAUCAGCGGCAUUCUGGGUAUCAGCUCAGCUGCUGAUGUUGGGAAAAGGAAGAGAGAUGAAGGUGUGCAGGAGUCGCCGCUGGCCAAUGGGCACAGCCACAACGGGCGGGACUUCCUCAGGAAGCAGAUGAGAGGGGAGCUGUUCUCGCCGCAGCAGAUCGAGGUAUUGGACCGCCUGUUUGACAGACAGCCAUCCUGUCCAAUCCAAUCCAGCUCUGACCUCUAUGCGAGCCCAGACCCUGGCAAGUCAUCGGACUACUCCACCAUGGCCUCGCUCGCCAGUGGGCUGGACGAGAUGAAGAACAGUUUGGCCAAUUCCGGCACUGGGGCAGAAUUAGGAGCCAGCGUGGCCGGCCCACAGUCUUAUUCACUAGUUCCAGGUCGAGACCUCGCCAGCACCACCCUGCCAGGCUACCCUCCUCACGUUCCCCCCACGGGACAGGGCAGCUACUCCACCCCCUCCCUCACUGGCAUGGUACCAGGAGGAGAUUUCUCUGGAAGCCCCUAUUCCCAUCCACAGUAUUCCACAUACAACGAAUCCUGGAGAUUUCCUAACCCUAGUUUAUUAGUGUUUCAGCAAGAUUACGGAUCCCUCUUAGGUACUGAAAUCGGCUGUUCCUCGAGUCUCUUCACCAGCCAGGCGGGACAGAUGCAAGGCUCACCGUACUACUACAGUGCGACAUCACGUGGGGCCGGACCCACCGCCACGGCCACAGCCACGGCGUACGAUCGCCACUGACCACGCCUGCUGAGAAGAGGAGAGGACAAGGGAAGGAGGGAGGGAACGGAUAGCACCAGCACUGCUCACUUCAACAAGUCUGCCCCCGUGCACUGACCAAUCACAUUUUGACAAUUGUGAAUCCUUUUUGGACUGCCAUUGAAACCGACCUACGCACUGCCACCCUGUCAAAAGGUUACUCUGAGGACACGCGUGAUGCAGUGCGACAGGUAGGCUCCAUCCAUGCAUUUCGAGUACAUUUUUGCAACUCUGAGGACUCUUCUACUACAUCAGGCGUGGAUAUGUUCAUUUUCAACCACUAACAAAUCCAAGAGACAUAUCCGCAAGCCACUAUUUAGCGUUUCGUAAUCUUGUGGGCUGAUUGCUUUGUGUGUGACGGUUGGGAUUAUUCUUUUUCUGGUGAUACAGUGUGGCCUGGCUAGAGCAAAAUCAAACCACGCUUUUUUAAAACCAGUGGUCAAUCAAUUCAAUGUUCUAUGCCAUGUUACGCUGAAGUAAAGACAAUCCAACUUGCAUAACUUUAAAUGACCAAAACCUUUUAAUGCCAGCCUCUUGGAUUACAACACGGGUGGGGAACCUACAGCCUGUGGGCCAUAUCGGGCCAUGACAGCAUUUUAUUCGGCCCACCCGCUAAAUAAAAUGCUCCAAAUUAUCUGCAAUUGUUCAGAAUUUAUCGAGCCAUCCUUUUCAUACCCUGCAAACUUUGGGAGAGAGGCUCGAUACACACAGGGCUGUUUGCCAGCUAAUUAAUUAUCAGGGGUGGCAAACUACGUUUUAUUGACGGCCACAUUGUCGAGUUCAUAUAGAUGCAUUUUUAUUAAUCUUCAUCUUCGUUAUACUACUUCAUCCUUUAUAAUUUCACCUGCAUUUAAUGGUUGUUUGAUACUGUUUAUUUAAACAGAUUGAAGUUGAAGUGACAACCCAAUAUUCAAGCAUACACCAAUUUUUCAGUCUAUGUUAAAAAGAUUUUUUGUAAUGCUUUUAAGAGCAUAACAUUUGAGCAAAACCAAUCGUUUUGGUAAAGAUGUUCUGCCAAAUGAAAAGAACCAAUCAAUUUGGCUACAAACAUGAAGUACACAGACACACUUGGUUUGCUUUAGUGAGGCAUCUGAAACGGCCCCACAUAGGUUCCCUACCCCUGGAUGACAACAAAAUAACGACGACGAGGAUGAGCCUUUCGGACAAAGCACAGACCUCAAGUGUAAAAUGAAUUAUGGACUAUGUUGAAAUGAGACCCAACUAAAUUCAAACAGGGAGUGUUACCAUACAGGAAGGUGCUAUCCAAUCUCCCCCGCCAAGAUUUCGUAGUCAUCAAUAGCUAUUUAUAAUGGUGGAGAAAGAGUAAUAUAUUGAGAAGCUUGUCUGCUCUGCACUCAGCGAGGAGAGUGAAUGCCUGUAACCAUUUAUAAUGUGUCAUGCUGUUGUGCUAGAAUAGUGAUGAUGAUGCAGUAAAGUCUAAAAACAAAACAAAAAAAAACA